GCGCAAUUUGGAAUUUCACCACACCGCACGACCGAGCAUGACGCUGGUCGAGCGCUGGGAAGGGCCGGGUAACGCGAUGGUCAAGGGCCUGCACGCGGCUUUGGUCAAGCAAGAGGAGCACGUGCUCUCGACCAACAGCAACACGAACCGCAGCGGCAGUAGCCUCGCGCCUAAGCCGCAGCUGCUCCGCGCCGUCGAGCUCGAGGAGCUCCUCGUCAAGAAGGUCAACGCGUGGAUUGGCGAGAAGAAGACGCACGACUUUAGCGCCAACCCCGUCCACAUGCAUCAGUACAACGCGGUCGGCGGCCGGCUCAUCGAGGCCAUCGAGGCCACGCACGACGAGUCGGCCAAGGCGCUUUGGACCAAGGACGCAAGCAGCCCGAUGGCCGCCAAGGCGCUCUUCGAGCACUUCUUCAGCACCUCGUGGUUUACGAUUCCUCAGGCCGCGCAAGACGGCAAGGCGUCGGUACCCUCGUCGCCGAUCGGCGGCGAGAAGAAGAAGCACAAGAAGGAAAAAAAGCACAAGAAGGAGAAGAAGGCCAAGAAAGCCAAGAAGCACGACGACGGCCACUUCCACCCGUACAGCGCCAACCCGAUCGGCCACGUGACGCAGAUGCUCCACCAAAUGGACAACGUAUAGCGAGCAGACGUACUAAGCGACGAUGGAAACCGUAUGCAUCUCGAACAACCCGACAGAAAGUUGGGUCGCUGAGGUAGGAUUAUCAAGCCGGUCAAGUCCGCUACAGCAUCAUCACCACGCGUCUCUCAUUGCGCUACCCUUCGUCUCCCAGGAAGCAUGACGUAUAUAUGUACACGGAAUCGCAUUGGGUGG